AUGGCUUUCCCUCUGUGCUCAGUGAACUACAUAAUGCUCUCUGUCAUAUGGCUGGACCACAGUCUCCUCAUCCCAAUGUUCUAUUUCCUUUCGACGCUGGCAUUGGCAGAUUUGGGCUUAUCUGUCUCCACCUUGCCCACCAUGCUGAGCAACUUCUGCUUGGAUUCCAGCUCCAUCCAUUUCAAUGCCUGCGUUACCCAGAUGUACUUCAUCCAGCCUUCUCCACCGCGGAGUCUGGGGUCCUGGGUCGCCAAGGGGUUUGACUGCUUUGUGGCCAUAUGCAACCCUCCGAGAUAUGCCUCCGUCUUGACAAAUGCCAGGAGCACAAAGGCAGGGGCGGCGAUUCUAUUGCGGGCAGUCUGUGUGAUGCUGCCAGUUGUCUUCCUCAUUAAAAGGCUUCCCUUCUGCCUGCACUCGGAUGUGCGGAGGUUGGCCCAUGGGGACAAAACAGGUCAACAGGUCAACUUGUACGGUCUGACUGCCACGGUACUGACCAAGGGAUUGGAUUCCUUGUCCAUCCACCCAUCAUAUGUCAUGAUCCUGAAGGCCGUCCUGAGCACUGCCUCCUGGGAAGAGCACCUCAAGGCAUUCAGCACCUGCAUCUCUCACACCUGCUGCACCAUCUACAUCCCACUCAUUGGGUUGUCCGUCCUACACAGGUUUGGGAGGCACCUGUCCCACCUCACGCAAACGCUCCUGGCCGAUGCCUACCUGCUGGUGCCCCUCUUCCCCACCGCGUCCUGA